CCUGGAGGCAGCCCCCCACCUCCUGCAUGCCACCCCAGGCCUGUCCCCAGCGCUUUCUGCUGCCACCUUCUGAAGGCUGAAUCAGGGAAGUGGGCGGUGGGGUGAGGACAGGAUUGUGGGCGCCGGAGGGGAGGGGCGGGUGUCGGAGAUGUCAGGAAGCCCACCGGGUGAGCCAGGGGCAGGGCAGUGGGGUCUUGGGGUCUCCCCUACCCAGGGCCCAGGCUCCAGGCGCCCCAGCAGCAAAGCAGACAUGGGGGUCCCCUUGUGUGAGAGCCAGAGGCCCACCCUCUGUGGGUCGCUGAGUAGAAGUCAGGGUUCUGGAAAAAGGCCUGUGGGGCUGGGGGCAGGGGGAAGCCCCCAGACCCUGCCACGAGGUGUCUCCACUGCCCACCUCCAGAGUGGCUGACCUGGCUCAGACCCGCUCGGAGCUGGGGGCCUGGGGUUGACCCUGGUGGCUUGGCCUGAGCCUUUCCCUUCACGGAGAGAGACUCCUGUCCCCCUUCCCCAUCCCCGUGUGUGCCUGCUUCUCCCUGUUCCUGCUGAGAUUCCCGCAGCUUGAAGGGGCAAGGGCUUCCGGGGGGCAGCCUGGGGUGGGUGUCGGCCCCGCUGCCCCCAGCAAGCAGGCAGAGGCAAGAGGCGACCAGGGCCCGGAGGAGAAGCCCUGCAGGGGAGGCAGUGGUCAGGGCCGGGCUGUGGCCAAGGUGUGGACAGGCCGGGCCACGGGGUCAGAGGCGGGAGGCCACUGGCCCCGCUGGUGGCAAUAGGCAGCUGGGUGCGCGUGGGUGGCAGCGAGGAGGGGCGGAGGGAGGAAGCGGGCUUCCUGAGGCCUCCCCAGCCCUGAGACACACCGACAGACAGACAGACAGCUGGCGAGAGGCGCCUGGGGACACAGCCACCUCGCGGCCGCCACUCUACGCCCCUGCCGAGAUCCUGGCCUUCCCACAGAGCGAGGCCGCCACUUCCUGGGGAACAACGGAAGACAGCGAGAAGACCCGAGGUGCCCAAGGGCAGAAGGCCGCCCGACAGCCCAGAGGCCAAGCCACAUGGCCGUGUGAGCUCCGGGGGCGCGCCCCCAGCAUGGUCCAGGCCCGGGGGCUGCUCCAGAGCACCGCCCCGGCCUCCCCAUCGCCUUCAUAGUCGCCUUCGGAGGCAGCCAUGACCCAGCCUCCGCCUGACCAGGCCCCAGCCAGGAAGCACGUACGGCUGCAGGAGAGGCGCGGCUCCAAUGUGGCCCUGAUGCUGGAUGUGCGGUCCCUGGGGGCCGUGGAGCCCAUUUGCUCCGUGCGCACGCCCCAGGAGGUCACGCUGCACUUCCUGCGCUCCGCCGGACGCCCCCUCAGCCGGCAGGCCCUGCAACACCGGCCACCCAGCCCCACGCAGCUGGAAGAGGAAUUCCUGAGGAUCCCCUCAAACUUCGUCAGCCCCGAAGACCUGGAUAUUCCUGGCCAUGCCUCCAAGGACCGAUAUAAGACCAUCUUGCCAAACCCCCAGAGCCGAGUCUGUCUGGGUCGGGCGCAGAGCCAGGAGGACGGGGAUUACAUCAACGCCAACUACAUUCGGGGCUACGGCGGGCAGGACAAGGCCUACAUCGCCACCCAGGGCCCCAUGCCCAACACGGUGUCGGACUUCUGGGAGAUGGUGUGGCAGGAAGAGGCGCCCCUCAUCAUCAUGCUCACGCAGCUCCGAGAGGGCAAGGAGAAGUGCGUCCACUACUGGCCCACCGAGGAGGAGACCUAUGGGCCCUUCCACGUCCGCGUCCAGGAUGUGCGGGAGCGCCCAGAGUACACCGUGCGGACGCUGACCAUCCAGCACCAGGAGCAGAGCCGCGCCCUGAAGCACAUCCUCUUCUCGGCCUGGCCCGACCACCAAACCCCAGAAUCCGCGGGGCCCCUGCUGCGCCUGGUGGCCGAGGUGGAGGACAGCCCGGAGGUCGCUGCCCACCCUGGGCCCAUCGUGGUCCACUGCAGGGAUCGGCCGGACUGGCUGCUUCAUCGCCACCCGCAUCGGCUGCCAACAGCUGAAGGCCCGAGGGGAGGUGGACAUCCUGGGCAUUGUGUGCCAGCUGCGGCUGGACAGGGGAGGCAUGAUCCAGACGGCAGAGCAGUACCAGUUCCUGCACCACACCCUGGCCUUGUUCGCCGCCCAGCUGCCGGAGGAGCCCAGCCCCUGACCCGGAGCCCUCCCUGCCCGGGGCCACUUCCCCAGGCCUGGGGAAAGGGGGCCUCGUGACCUGGGGAAUCCCCAGGGGGCCUGUCUGGGGUCCCAGAAGCUGGCCAGUGAGGAUGAGGCCAGACACCGGCUCUUGAGCACUGCCCACGCCCCUACCCCCUGGAGAGGCCCCCAGUGGACACAGGGGCGGCCCCCAUGUGAGAGCCUGGGUCUCCUCCUCAGACCACCAGGGCAGAGCAACCUGAGGGUGCCCACAAGCUGCUCCAGCUGCACCCCCUGCCUGGGGCUGGCAAGAGUGUGACCCCAAGAUCAUACCUACCCCGGUCCAGCCCGAGAACAGGCCGAUGGCCGGAGUUGGGAGAAGCCUGGUGCUGCCUUAGCUACGUCCCCAGCAUCCUGCCAGGGACUCUGCCUUCUCACCCAUCAGAGGCCGGACACCCCAAGGAGGGCAAGAACCAGACCAGCCCCAUGCUCGCACCGGGGUCUGGGGAACAGGCUACAGAAGUGACCAGACCAAACAGUUGAAGUCUCUAGAAGAAGGAAAGUGUGGGAACACCUCCCCGGGGUCCAGACUGCUGCCCCUGCCUCUGUACCUGCCAGCCACCUGCCCCACCCACUCUCCUGGGAGACCCUAUGUCCUCAGCCUGCCUGCCAGCCUCAGAAGAGAUGUGAGUGCCCGGGAAGAACACAAGAGCUGAGCAAGGAGCCGAGAGCACUGCCCGACUCCAGACAAGAGCCCCGCCACACCCUUCUCCCUGCAGAGCACACCUGGACCGCACGCCUGUUUCCACCAGCAUCCUGGAUUAAAGCACCUGCGUGGGCCAGGGGCUCAGGCUGAACAGGGUCGGCCGCAGUUCACCCUGGAGAGCUAACUGCCCUCUGCGUCUCAUCAGCUCGAGGCCCAGGGCCCCCCAGGCCUAGUCUCAGGGCUGACCACCCCCCAGGAGGGACCUCACUCCUCCUGAAGCUUUCCUGCCCUCGAGAGACACUCCUGCUGCCCAUGAAGCUCAGACUCCCCAGGAGGAAAGCUGCCACGUGGCGGCGGGUCCCCCUCCGUGGGUGCUGCUGCCCCAACCCUGUCCAGACCCGAGAACAGGCCUUGUAGAAUAACAGGUGGGGAAAUAAAGCCUUCUUCUUGUCCUCA